AUGAAGUUGACUCUGAUAUUUGUCCUAUUCGUGGCUUUUGCCAGUCCUGUAGCUACUCAAUCGACAAAUGAUUUGCUCGCCAGUGUCUUGGCAGAACUUUUGGCACUCAUCAAACAUUUGAUCACGGAGGAAAUGAAGGCAACAACAGUCUCAGCUCCUACCACUCCUGUCCAAAGUUCACCUCUCGUUACUUCCGUCGGUCCAGAAUCUAGCCCAAGAUCAGAAUUUUCUACGACCUCCGGCUCAGAAUCAGUUACAACUACAACGUCCUCUGAUGCAUCUGCCACCUCUACUGAUUCAACUUCCGAAACAUUUUUUGGAACGCCUUCCACGACUUCUUCUGGGUCUUCUAUAUCUUCCACGUCUUCUGAAGCACAUGAAUCUAGUACAGGAUCUUCUGGACUAUCUUCUGGAACUUCUGAAUCUCCAGAAUCUUCAACGACAUCUUUUGAAUCUACUGGAACUUCUGCAUCUCCAGAAUCUUCUGGAUCGACUGCAGAAACAUUUUACGGAACGCCUUCCACGACGUCUUCUGGGCCUUCUGAAUCCCCUGAAACGCCAUCUGCUUCAUCUGACUUCUCAGAAUCGUCUGUCGCAACUACACCCGGAGUGUCUUCUGGAUCUUCUGAAUCUCCAGAGUCCUCCACAACGUCUUCAGAAUCAUCUGGAACCUCUGAAUCGCCAGAAUCUUCUGAUUCGACUGCAGAAACAUUUUACGGAACGCCGUCCACGACGUCUUCUGGGCCUUCUGAAUCCUCUGAAACGUCUCCUGCUCCUUCUGAUUCCUCAGAAUCCUCUGUCGCAACUAAAGAGUCAUCUGGAGCAUCUUCUGAAUCUCCAGAAUCUUCGACAACGCCUUCUGAAUCUACCGGAUCCUCUACUAUUGCUUCUGAAGUGUCUUCCGAAUCUUCAACAACUUCUGAAUCCUCUGAAACGUCAUCUGGACCUUCCGAUUCUUCUACAACGCCUUCUGAACCCACUGGAUCUUCUGAAUCUCCAGAAUCUUCCACGCCAAGUGAAACGUCAUCAUCCCCAGAAACUACAGUAUCCGGAGCCACGCCACCUACAAACGUAGAUCACACCGAAACGAACGAUGCGGGAGAAGUUACGAAACCUGGAGAAGUUACUGGUGGGGUUGAAUCGUCCACGCCAUCAGAUACGGAUGGAUUCUCCACAACGAACAAACAUUGUCAUGGUCGAGAGACGCAGACAGUCAGAUUGUCUAAAUUCUCUGCGUCUCUUUCGACAAUGUUUUGUUUUCAGAAAAACAACACCACCGCCGCACCAUCAUCGGGUGCAACUACGCCAGCUACAAACAAUGACCCAUCGCCAGUAACCGACAAUGCUGGAGAAGUUACGAACACAGGAUCGAUCACUGGAGCCGUCGAAACUACCGUAAUCCAAAAUACAAAAUCAGCAGGUUCCAGCACCACCAGCAAGAAUAGACACUGCGAAAAAGAUUCCGAUUCGGUAAGUCACGGUUACGGUGACGUAUAUGCAUUUACAAGAAACAAUGAAGAAUACCUAGACCCUGUGAUCUUUCUUCGAAAAUUCAAAUUUUUAAAUUUCCCGCCAAACCGCCAAAAUUGGAAUUUUCAGGAGGUGACAGCAAAAAAAGGUUCAAAGGCAGCAGCAGCGAAAAAGAGUUCAAAGGCAGCACGACGACCAAAAAGAGAGAUUCGAGAAUCAGAAGAGCCCACAACUUCCAUGGAAUCAGAAGACGUUCAAACUACAGUAAUUACUACUACGCCAGCUGAAGAUUCUGAAACCACGACCACCGUGACAUCAGAAUUAGAAUCAAAAUCCACAACUACAAUAGCCCCAUCAGAAACAGCUCCAGAAGUUUCUAGUAUUGCUCCAGAAGCCUUAGAAGAUCUGACGACCACAUCUCUGGCUCCAGAAAAUCCGGCGAUUUCAUCACUAGCCCCAGAAGUCUCCACAACGACUUCAGUCGUUUCGGAAGCUUCAGAAGACCAAACGACCACAUCAGUGGCUCCAGAAGUCCCAGAAGACCUAACGGCUACAUCUGUGGUUCCAGGAGUUCCAGAAGUCUCCACUACGACAUCAUUUGCUCCAGAAGACCCAGUAGACCUAACGACUACAUCCUCGGCUCUAGAAGUUCCAGAAGUCUCCAUAACGACAUCAGUGGCUCCAGAAGCUUCGGAAGACCUAACAACUACAUCAUCGGCUAGAGAAUUUCCAGAAGUCUCCUCAACGACAUCGGUUGCUCCAGAAGCUCCUGUAGAUCUAACGACUACGUCUUCCGCUCCAGAAGCUCCAGAAGUCAGUACGACCACCAAGAAAGUUCUGGAAUCCUCGACGACGACAGUUUCUGAUGAGAUUGUGGUAGAAACCACCAUCACAACUGGUUCAGAAGUGGUUCAAGAGACUACAACUACCGUAGGUGAAGUUCAAGAAACUUCUACGACCCAGGAAUCGGUAACAGAAGGAACAACGGUAUACUUUUUUAAAUUUCCCGAACUCACAGUCUCACAGUGCUCUAAAAAUUAUGGAAAUCGAUUGAUUCUGAUCCGAGAAACAGCAACGCCAGUGGUUUCCGUACUUUCUUCUUCUGCAACAACUAUGACAUUGUCCACCAUUAUCUCCUCAUCUUUGCCUUCCUCGAUCUCAACAGUUCCAAAUGCCGAAGUGACGUCAUCGUCGUCCUCUUCAACGUCAGGAGUUGUGUCGGAUGUUACAUUGUCAACCAUGCUCACCACCGGAUUACCACCCAUCACAAACCCAACUACAUCGGGACCAUCAACAACGGCGUCAACUUUGGUAAGGGAUUUUGGAAAAGAAAACGCACCAAUAUUUGAGAAUCCAUCGACAACAACAUCUGCCGUUCCAGCUGGAACCACUACAGGAUCCGCUUUAACAUCGACAACUAAUUUGGCACCAAUAACGUCAACAAGAUCCACAGCACCGCCAGUAUCAUCAACUGGAUUCACACCACCAGCACCGGCCGUAACAGCUACGACAAACUUGCCAAUCACCAGUUCUGCCGCACCAACCACAGUUACUCCAAUCGACUUGCCACCAAUCUACGAGCAAACUCCAGUCGAUUUGCCACCAAUCUUCGAAACCCCAGUGACUCUGCCACCAAUUUUGAAUGACACCUCAGGAAAAUCGUCAUCGUCUUCUUCUUCUUCCUCAUCAUCCUCUUCUGAGGAACACAAGAAUCCUCAAAAACCUGGACAUGGACCAAAGCCAAAAAAGCAUGUCAGAAAAAUUAAAAUGGAAGAUUUGGUGCCAAAGAAAAAAUUGAAAGUUCAUCAUCAACAUCGUUCGGAUUUUGAGCAAAAAAUGAGAAAUUUGAAAAAAAAUGAGCAAUACAAAAAAUUUGAAAAGAAUGAGAAGGAACUCGAAAUGACUGGAGGAAAAUGGAUGAUGGAGAAUGCCAAGGAUUUUGAAAAAAAUGGGAGAGAUGGAAGAGAUGGAAGACGAGGAGAAGAUUCUGAGAAAAUUCUGAUUUUCAAGCAUUAUUAA